AGAGGCAGUGAAGGGGGGACUGGAGCUGACUUGAUGGGCUCUAAGAAAAUACGUAUGCGCAGGCACCCAGCUGUGAGGGGGAAGAAUGGGUGGGGCUGUGGGUAUGAGUAGGAGCGGAGAGAAGGGAAGAGAUGGAGUUGAUGGGUAUGAGCAGGAGGGGGAAGGGAAGUGGAAACCCAAGGCUGUGGGGGUCCGGAUGAGAAAGAUGGGGAGAGGGAGAAAAGGGGUAUGGAAAGAAAAGGUAGAUAUGGAGAAGGCAGGGAGGGGAGAAAAUAGAUGGCACGAGGAAGAAAGAAGCCAUGCUGGAAAAAGGGGGUAGGGAGAGAAAGUGGGCACUGGGAAGAAGCUGGAAAUGGAAGGUAAGCUGAGUAUCAAAGGUGAAAGUUGCAAUGGAUCCAGAUGUGAGAAAUGAAGAGGGGAGAUGAAGGGUUCGUGAGACAUCGAAAUGUGAGAACAGGAUUGGAGUUCACUGACCAUGUUAUCCCUGUCCCCCCACCUCCAGGUACAUGGUUCGGGUCCGAGCUGUGGUGAUGGCCCGAGAUGACUCCAGUGGGGGCUGGCUGCCUGUGGGGGGCGGGGGCCUCAGCCAGACCACCUUGGAAUGUACCCUGAGGCCAGGCUUGGUUUACAACAAGGUGAACCCCAUCUUCCACCACUGGAGCUUGGGUGACUGCAAGUUUGGGCUGACAUUUCAGAGUCCUGCAGAAGCUGAUGAGUUCCAGAGGAGCCUGCUGGAAGCACUGGCAGCACUGGGUCAAGGCUCACUCACUCCCUCCUCCUCUUCUUCCUCCUCCCCUUCCCAGGACACUGCAGAGACCCCCUGCCCUCUGACGUCCCAUGUGGACAGCGACUCCUCCUCCAGUCACAGCCGCCAGGAGACCCCUCCCACCACCACUGCUGCAGCCCCCCAGGUCACCGAGGAGUCAGCUUCCAGCUUCCGGCCAACCACGCCACCCCAGCAUCGAUGCUCCUCCACUCAGAGCUAUCCUCCGCUUCUACCGUUCACAGGAUUUCCGGAGCCCUCAGAGGCCCUGGCCGGGGCUGGGGGGCUGGGUUGGGGCAGCCGCGGUUAUGAGGAUUACAGGCGCGCCGGACUGCCCUCGCCCCUCACCCUGUCCACCUGCGUUGUUCGUUUUGCCAAGACUGGCGCGUUGAGGGGUGCAGCCCUGGGGCCCCCAGCCGCCCUACCUGCUCCUCUCCCAGAGGCUGGACCUCCCGCACCAGCCAAGGCCUCCCCGGAGGCGGAGGAGGCUGCACGCUGCGUGCACUGCCGCGCGCUCUUCCGCCGCAGAGCAGAUGGGCGUGGUGGCCGCUGUGCCGAGGCCCCGGACCCGGGUCACCUGCUGGUGCGCCGUCUCAGCUGCCUGUGGUGUGCAGAGAGCUUGCUCUACCACUGCCUGUCGGAUGCCGAAGGCGACUUCUCGGACCCAUGUGCCUGCGAGCCGGGCCAUCCGCGCCCUGCUGCGCGCUGGGCCGCGCUGGCUGCACUUUCCCUGGCGGUGCCCUGCCUCUGCUGCUAUGCGCCCCUGCGUGCCUGCCACUGGGCUGCAGCACGAUGUGGCUGUGCGGGCUGCGGAGGUCGCCACGAGGAGGCCGUGCGGUGAGGAUGGCCUGGUGGACCCAAAAUUGAGGGUCCAGGACCCCGGGCUCCGUUUGGAACCCAAAUCUAAACUUAGGCACACCUGGAACUUGAAGCUCGAGUUUAAAUUGAGAGACCCCAGAUCUGGAACCUGGACUCCAAAUCUAGGACUGAGGGAUCCCAGGCCCAGCUUCAGUGAGCUGUCUGCCUAAGUCUUAGGCAUGCUGAGUUCUGGCAUCCUUAUCCUGCUGUUCCCCUCCCGCUGUGACCUAGACUGAGGCGACUAGCCAUCCCAGCUCUACACCUCAGGGCACACAGGGCCCUGGCAGAGGCAGGGCCCCGAACCCUGACUGAAUGCAGAUUACAGCCCCAAAGAGUAAGGAGUUUCGAAUACCUGACCCUGCCUGUAUACAAUUAUUCCCACAUCUUGAGAAUCACCCCAAAUGAUUCCUGAAUGCUCAUCUAAAUUGGGGCACCCAUAUUUGAGGUGUUCUAGCCCUAGGACCCCUAAGACACCAAACCCUCUUAAGAUGCCCUGGGUUCGAGGAUAUGCCCAAAUAGAUGUUCUCUGACCAAAAUGGCUUGGGAUACUAAUCUUAUAGCCUCAUCUUUUCUCCCCCUUCCCUCCUCCAUCCCCCAGUCCAGACAUCAGAUUCCAAGAUACUCUGAGAUUCAGAGAUCAAAGACAGCUGCAGACAACCUGCCCCUCCCAACCUCCCCAGCCAAUGCUUCCAGAAGCUUUGAAUCUCAUAUAGGACACUGAGGUGCCUAGUACUUUCAGAUUAGGACUGAAGGCCACCAACACCUCAGGACCCAAGACACUGGUACCAAAUCCUUAGAUAGCCCUCUUGGACUUAGGUUUCAAAUCCCAGAAUGUCCUGGAAUCUUUGGCUUCUUUGUACCCACAGAUUCCCCAAGGCUGGAAGCCCGGCUCCCAGAGGAUGGGCUGUUCAUAACAACCCUGACCUUGGUCCCCAGCUUAGAGUGACCCCAAGGUGCCACUGACCUUUCAAAUUCAGGGCUCAAGCCUACAUAGCAUUGGGAUUAUCACAGACCUGAGAUCUUGGUCCCUUUAUACCAGAGGGAGAUUUGAGGUGCCCCAGGACCCCAGCACCCUCAGAUCUGAUUUCUUUGAACUCAAACUUCUCUAGUCUGAUAUUCCCUGUGAUCUGCUGUCCCUUGAAUUCUGCUAUCCAUAGGUCCUUGAGACCCCCAAGAUCCCAGGCUAUGGCAUUCUGGAAUUCUAGUUCCAAAGUCAUUCUCUUCCCCCACCCCCUGUAUGUUCCCAGCAAACCACAUAACUAUCUUUAUCCUGGGGGGGUGGGGAGACCACCAUUGUGAACUGUUUUUGGGUUCUAGGACCACUGAGUUCCUCUAUUCUCAGCAUUUCCAUAGGUGAUUGUGCAGGCUAUUCACUGACCAAAGGCACCUGGCUACUGUGGUGAGGUGGCUGGGAUUCACCUCACACUGCUCUUGGAGGAAGGUGUGCCUUUUUCUAAGCUGCACAAAGGCACAUUUGGGGCCAGCUAUGGCUCUGCUGGUGCACACACAUACUCUCCAGCCCUCCAGGCUCUUCCCCAAGCCCAAUCUUGAGUCCCGGUCCUAGUCCAAGCUUUUAGUGUUUCACCCUCCAUUAACCCUUUCUCUUACAUCUCAGAGUUGAAGGUUGCUUCAGAAGUUUGAAAGCCUGUUUCAUGGCCCCCUGAGAUUCCUGUUCAGGGGAAAGGGGAUGCCAAAGUUUCUUUUCCUUGAGUGGAAUGGGACUUCAGGAUCCCUCAAAUCUGAUAGCCUAAAUAGGGAUGAGGGGACCGAAGUCUUGGAGCAACACCAUCUUAAAUCAGUAUAUGGGCUUGGGUCCUGCAUCUGGUGAACUUAUCUUUCUUCAAUACCUAGACUUGGGUGGCAUGGUUUAAGAACUAGGUCAGGGAGCCUAGAGAGAUAGAGCUUUCUGUCACUUCUUUUAAAUGAUUAACUAUUUCUUACAUCUGAACCUGUGAGAUUCAGCUCUCCCAACCAGACUCUGGGAUGGGUAAGAAAAAAAGAGGGUGUCCCUCUCAUCCCCAUUCUACCCAACUCUCAUCACUGUUAGACCCACCAGAGCUGAGACAGAGGCACUGGGGGCUGGGGCACCCUGGGUCCCCAUCCCCCUUUCUCCAGUCCCUCCCUUCAGUGAUGAGCAGGGGAAAGCUCCAUUCUUAACCUACCUCGUUUUGGGGAGGGGUGGGACAGGGGACCAGAUGCUGUAAGGUACUGUGGGAUCUACAUGAAACGGUGGGGGGCUGGUGUGAAGAUCCCCCAACACCACCUUGUCAAGGUCUCCCAGUCCUGCGCCCUGAUGAUACCUCUGAUCCAUGAAUUCUCUUCAUCACCCCAAAAUUGGGUGCAUGGAGGGCUGAUCUUGGGACCCAGGAAGACCUCACACCCUGGAGCCCAGGCCUAAUUUCCCAGCUGCUUGCCCCUCAGAUUGGAUACUUGGCCCCUAGAUUUAGGGGAGGUACCCUGACAUUUAUUUUCCUGAUUUGAUUCCAAGCCAGUCUGUGACCUCAAUAUUGUUACUGAAGUGGUGAGGGAGCCAAAGACCCAGCCUUGUCAUCGGAGGAGGGGGCAUGAUAUUCACUCCAAGAAAUGUCUUCAACAAAGUCUCA